AUGGAAAGUGUGGCUGUUGAAGAACCUUUGGAUUUAAUUCGUUUGAGCUUAAAUGAACGUGUCUAUGUUAAAUUGAGGCAAGAUAGAGAAUUGAGGGGAAGACUACAUGCUUUUGAUCAGCAUUUGAAUAUGAUUUUGGCUGAUGUUGAAGAAACCGUGACAGUUACAGAGACAGACGAGGAAUCUUUUGAAGAAAUCUAUAAGAGUACAAAACGUCAAAUUCCGAUGCUUUUUGUUCGAGGAGAUGGAGUUAUUUUGGUAUCGCCGCCGACAAAAUUUAUUCCAUAG